AACGGUUGCCCUCACUCAACAUGGCGACUGCUUAGCUUCAUCAUAGUGAAGCCAUUUUGCCAGUACUAUCUUUGACCUAUGAACCCCCGAGUGUGGCAGCGCUCCGCCAUAUUGACUGUUGUCUUGACUGGAGAAGAUAGUGAGCAUUUGUGAUACUAGAAGAAUCGAAACCGUGCUUUUAAACACCUCUAAACUAGUGCAACCUUGGCUAAAGGAUAUAUCCGACACCUGCGUGAUGGCGAGGAAGAAGAGCAAACAGCAAGGAGUCGGGAGCAAGGAGCUAGUGCCCGGACAACAGAGCAUACCGAAGAGCCCCGUCUCUCCCGGAGAUACAGCUGGCGGUGGUGGCGGAGAUGCAGGGCUGGAUAGACUGGCGGCCAGGGCGAAUCAGCCAAUGCACACCUGCUGCCUUCUGUGUCACCGUGAGUUUAAGGACUGGGGGGCGAGCUCUGCCAACGGUCUGCCUGGGGGCCACGGGGCGAAGCUAGCUGACGCUGUCCCAGCCCUGUCCCAGGCCCUGCUCCGAGAGGUGCCGGGCCGGAAGCUGUCCGACACCGUGCCUUCGCUGAGCCAGUCUCUACUGGGAGAGGUGCCGCUCUGGAUCUGCCAGAGCUGCCGAAAGAGCGUCGAGGAGGAGGAGAGACGGAGCGCACAGGAAACGCCUGCACCGGUUCCGUUGUCCCACUCGUCGUCGUGUAAGGCUCAGAGUUGUGGUGAAGGUUACCCAGAGCAAAGCUCCGUAGACUGGGACCCGUCUUCCUUCCUCUCAGCCCACAAGCUUUCUGGUCUCUGGAACUCGGCUCACAGCAACGGAGGGAUCCACUGCAACCACAGCACUGCCUCGCACGCACAGCAAGGAACAGGGGGACCAGCGUGUCACGAGAAGCGAGUCUCUCACGAGGCUCCUGGGAAAUCUGCUAAAACGCCUGGGGCCAAGGUGUGCCCCUACAGUCACCCUUCCCAGAAUUCCAGUGGUUCGUCCCCCGGGAACCCGCUCUCUACCUCCGGGGACCUCUGUAAGACCACCCCAAAGCACUUCAAAACCAUGUGCCGACGACCAACUCCGCCUGGCGAAGCAUUCCACCCCAGCGACCACCACCAACACUCAGACCUGUCUGUCCCCCCCAACAGCCCCACUGGCCUCUCCUCCUCCUCCUCCUCCCAGCAUUCCUCUCUCCUGCCCCUCAAGCAGAGCUCCGGAGGGCAGCAGCACGGCCAUGUCACAUCCUCCUCGUCUCCCGGUCUAGCUGCUCACGCUCCCUUCUCCCCGCUGGUACCAAACCUCCACGUCCCCGCGGCAGGGGCCAAGCUGGGGGCCCUGGGUGGCCCUGACUGCCCAACAGGGGCCCUCCAUAAGCCCUUGGCGUGUAAGAACUCGCACAUUCCUCCUGUGAACGGUCAGCACAGCAAACUGGGCCCCUCCCUGAUGGGCUGUAACCACCCAUGCAAUGGCCACAGUGGAGGGGCACUGCCCUCUUCCAACGUGGGACACCUGACCGCUGGGCAACACCUGACCGCUGGGCAACACCUGACCGCUGGGCAACACCUGACCGCUGGGGCAUGCAGGGACCAGGCGUGUAAAGGACAUAAGCUAUCUAACGGGGCGGGGGGGUUGUGUCACCCCCCUUCGGAGCUGGAGGAGGGAGAGGACGAGGACUCUAGUUCGGAGAGGAGCUCCUGUGCUUCCUCCUCAAACAACCAGAAGGAUGGGAAGUACUGUGACUGCUGCUACUGUGAGUUCUUCGGACACAACGCGCCCCCGGCCGCUCCGACCAGCCGUAACUACACAGAGAUCCGUGAGAAGCUCCGGUCCCGUCUGACGCGUCGUAAGGAGGAGUGUCUUCCCCAGAGACGGGACUCUGACCCGUCCGUGUCCACCUCCAUCGACCACCGAGACGUGGACGAGCUGUUGGACUUCAUCAACUCCUCAGAGCACAAACCAGCCAACAGCGCUAAGGCUGCCAAGCGGGCACGUCAUAAACAGAAGAAGAAGGUGAUGUCAAAUUACAUGGAGAAGCAGAGCCAGGCAGGUAGUGGUGAUGGUGAGGGAGCUGGUAGCGACCCCCCCUCAACCCCUCCAGAGCCCAGUGAGGACCCAGACCACUUCAGCCAGGAGGAGGAGGAGGAGGAGGAGGAUGUGGACGGGGAGGACGGUGAAGGCCCGGAGGCUAGUCGGCUGCUGGAGUGGCCCCAGCUGGAACUAGAGAGGGUCAACUCCUUCCUGACUUCUCGGCUAGAGGAGAUCAAGAACACCAUCAAGGACUCUAUCCGGGCCUCGUUCUCCAUGUACGACCUCAACCUGGAUGUGAAUGACUUCCCGAAGAAGGCUGCUACUCUGGAGGGCAACCAUCUUCUCUCCCACCUCAACGGCUCCUCCUGCUCUGACCUGCAGCAGAUAGACCUAGACCUGGCCCCUCUCUCCCUGGGUACCUUCAAGAGCCAUCUGGACCUGGUCAGCGGCUGGGAGGAGGCCCAUCCCCGGGACAACUCCCCCAUCGGACCCAUCUCAACGCCCGCUAGUACUACUGUACCUGGGAUAGGGGGACCAGGGGUUGGUACUGGGGUGAAGGAUGUUCACAGGCUCCACACCACCCCCAGCCUCUCCAAGCUGAUCCGGGUGCGUUCCCCAGAGAGGUGCCCCUCUGCUAGGCCUGAGAAUAAACACCAGGCCCCUGCUUCGAUCCAGACCCAGGCCUCUAUUAAGGUAGCUAAGCCUAAAGAGGAGACCCCAGCGGAGCCCAAGAGCAUUACUAUCCCUACUCCUGGGGCUGGGGUUAAUGCCGGGGCUGGCAAGCUGAAGAAGGGCAAGAAGCAGCAGCAGCAGCAACGGCAGGACCAGCUGCCUCCAGAACAGAACCAGACCAGACCCGGAUCCAAAGCAGCUGCGGAGUCGCAGAAAACUGGUCCCAACAGUUCUGAUGCUGUGGGUUCUAAGGCUGGUUCUGGUUCCAAACCACCACCUCACUCGGCUGAGAGCCAGAGAACCGGGCCAAGGAGGGCAGAGGAGACCAGGCCCACCCGGCAGCAGGCUACCAACGGGACAGUGACUAGCGCGGGUGCUCCCAACACCCAAAGAGGGAAGGGGGAGGAGCAAGAGGCCAAAGGUCACUCUGUCACCUCAGCCAAUCACAACCAAGCCCAGCAGCCCAAGGGGAAGAAUAAGAAGAACAAGAACAAGGGAACCAGCCGCAACAUUGAGGAUGUGUUUCUCCCUAAAGACGUAGACCCAAAAGAAAUGGAUGAGAUUGAUCGUGAGGUGGAAUACUUCAAAAGGUUUUGCCUUGACUCUGCUAAACAGACCCGCCAGAAGGUUGCAGUGAACUGGUCCAACUUUACCCUCAAAUAGGAUCCUUCCAACGCAGCCCAGUAACUGACGGGUUCUAGAAUGCAGAACCCCCCCCCCCUCCCCCAACAUGACUAUGUCCAUCCAACCCCGACGGCCUGAGGCCUUCUCUCAUUCCCACUCUUCCUCCUCCUCCUCCUCCUCUUUUUCCUCACCAAGCCAAGGGACCCUGGUGCAACACCAUUUUCCAUUCGUCAGGUCUGCGAUGCUAUUGGCUGACAGCCAGGGAUCAUUCACGCACGGGCCCGGCUGAGACUCGACUCUCUGCUGUUUCACAACGAGGGAGAUGAGAGGUCCAAGUUGAAACAUGGCCGGGUGUUGGUUCUCCCUCUAUCAGAUCUGAUCUACUGUGUACUUCACUAUGUAGUAUGGAAAACAGUUCCUUUUUACAAUAAAACCUGUUUGUUUUUUUUAAAUUGUAAUUACGGGACAUUUUAACAUUUGUAGAAACCUUCUUGGAUUGUUAUCGGUUGGUUCAAUCUGGUGCUUCUGUUCUCCAACAGGUACUGUCCCAUGAUGAACUUUUACUGUCUUUAGUUUAGGGUAAUCUCCCCCAUCUCUCCCUCAACACACAACGCUCUGUGGACAGCCACUGUUUUAGAUUAUGAAUUGCCUCUAAAUGAUUUUACGUUGAUUUUAAGUUCAGAUCAGAAUAGGUCUUAUGGUAUGGAGGAUGUAAUGUUAAAGCACAUUAUACUGUCAUAGACACCAUGUGAGGGCUGGUUAUCUAUACUGUCAUAGACACCAUGUGAGGGCUGGUUAUCUAUACUGUCAUAGACACCAUGUGUGGGCUGGUUAUCUAUACUGUCAUAGACACCAUGUGAGGGUUGGUUAUCUAUACUGUCAUAGACACCAUGUGUGGGCUGGUUAUCUAUACUGUCAUAGACACCAUGUGUGGGCUGGUUAUCUAUACUGUCAUAGACACCAUGUGUGGGCUGGUUAUCUAUACUGUCAUGGACACCAUGUGUGGGCUGGUUAUACUGUCAUAGACACCAUGUGUGGGCUGGUUAUCUAUACUGUCAUAGACACCAUGUGUGGGCUGGCUAUACUGUCAUAGACACCAUGUGUGGGUUGGUUAUCUAUACUGUCAUAGACACCAUGUGUGGGCUGUUUAUACUGUCAUGGACGCCAUGUGUGGGCUGGUUAUCUAUACUGUCAUAGACACCAUGUGUGGGCUGGUUAUCUAUACUGUCAUAGACACCAUGUGUGGGCUGGUUAUCUAUACUGUCAUAGACACCAUGUGUGGGCUGGUUAUCUAUACUGUCAUAGACACCAUGUGUGGGCUGGUUAUCUCUACUGUCAUAGACGCCAUGUGUGGGCUGGUUAUCUAUACUGUCAUAGACACCAUGUGUGGGCUGGUUAUACUGUCAUAGACACCAUGUGUGGGCUGGUUAUCUAUACUGUCAUAGACACCACCACCAUGUGUGGGCUGGUUAUCUAUACUGUCAUAGACACCAUGUGUGGGCUGGUUAUCUAUACUGUCAUAGACACCAUGUGAGGGCUGGUUAUCUAUACUGUCAUAGACACCACCACCAUGUGUGGGCUGGUUAUCUAUACUGUCAUAGACACCAUGUGUGGGCUGGUUAUCUAUACUGUCAUAGACACCAUGUGUGGGCUGGUUAUCUAUACUGUCAUAGACACCAUGUGUGGGCUGGUUAUCUAUACUGUCAUAGACACCAUGUCUGGGCUGGUUAUCUAUACUGUCAUAGACACCAUGUGUGGGCUGGUUAUCUAUACUGUCAUAGACACCAUGUGUGGGCUGGUUAUCUAUACUGUCAUAGACACCAUGUGUGGGCUGGUUAUCUAUACUGUCAUAGACACCAUGUGAGGGCUGGUUAUCUAUACUGUCAUAGACACCAUGUGUGGGCUGGUUAUCUAUACUGUCAUAGACACCAUGUGUGGGCUGGUUAUCUAUACUGUCAUAGACACCAUGUGUGGGCUGGUUAUCUAUACUGGUAUUGUGCUCUCAUGACUUCAUCGUACUGCUCUGAUUGUGCCAAUCUGUCCCCUCAAUAUGACAUCACAGGCUGAACCAACGCUGUUCAUUAAUUGAAUGGUUUGUUGCGUCAACAUCAAAUCUUGAGUCCAAGGUUGUGCCCUAUUCCCUAUGUAGUGCACUCCUUUAGACUUGGACCCAUAGGGCUAUAGUGAAAAGUAGUGCACUAUAUAGGGAAUAGGGUGCAACUCAAGAGUCCCAUUGAGUAAGUCAUUAUGGUGUAGGUUUAUCAAUGUUCCUCGAACUGUAGGAAUGAACGGUAGUGGAUGACACGGAACAAGAGAUUCAUUACCUCCUUGUACAAUGCUAUUAUUUUGUAUGAAAUUGUGACAAAUGGUUUUGUUUUAACAAAAAAUGAACGUUUGGAAAGUAAUCAACGACACUAAUAUAAACUCGAUUUAUUUUUGUUAUUUUUUUAAUAUAAAUAAAAGAAAUAAAGUAUGUAUCUGGUUACUGUGUUUAACACUUUGAAUGACGUCUUCACAAGAUGUGUUCAAAAUGAAACCAGAUUGAUUUCUCCCCCCUGUAUAUUCUAUAUAAAGUCAUGGUUAUCUUCCGUGGUCAGCCUCCCCGUGUUGUUCAGACAUCGGAGCCACGCUCCAUUCUUCUCUUUAUGCUUCAAAGUUACAUCUUCCCAUUGGUUGUUGAAGUAACUGCUGAUCAGAGCUGAUAUCUCCCCAUUGGUUGUUGAAGUAACUGCUGAUCAGAGCUGAUAUCUCCCCAUUGGUUGUUCAAGUAACUGCUGAUCAGAGCUGAUAUCUCCCAUUGGUUGUUCAAGUAACUGCUGAUCAGAGCUGAUAUCUCCCAUUGGUUGUUCAAGUAACUGCUGAUCAGAGCUGAUAUCUCCCAUUGGUUGUUCAAGUAACUGCUAAUCAGAGCUGAUAUCUCCCCAUUGGUUGUUCAAGUAACUGCUAAUCAGAGCUGAUAUCUCCCAUUGGUUGUUCAAGUAACUGCUGAUCAGAGCUGAUAUCUCCCCAUUGGUUGUUCAAGUAACUGCUGAUCAGAGCUGAUAUCUCCCAUUGGUUGUUCAAGUAACUGCUAAUCAGAGCUGAUAUCUCCCAUUGGUUUUUCAAGUAACUGCUGAUCAGAGCUGAUAUCUCCCCAUUGGUUGUUCAAGUAACUGCUGAUCAGAGCUGAUAUCUCCCCAUUGGUUGUUCAAGUAACUGCUGAUCAGAGCUGAUAUCUCCCAUUGGUUGUUCAAGUAACUGCUAAUCAGAGCUGAUAUCUCCCCAUUGGUUGUUCAAGUAACUGCUAAUCAGAGCUGAUAUCUCCCAUUGGUUGUUCAAGUAACUGCUGAUCAGAGCUGAUAUCUCCCCAUUGGUUGUUCAAGUAACUGCUGAUCAGAGCUGAUAUCUCCCAUUGGUUGUUCAAGUAACUGCUAAUCAGAGCUGAUAUCUCCCCAUUGGUUGUUCAAGUAACUGCUGAUCAGAGCUGAUAUCUCCCAUUGGUUGUUCAAGUAACUGCUGAUCAGAGCUGAUAUCUCCCAUUGGUUGUUCAAGUAACUGCUGAUCAGAGCUGAUAUCUCCCAUUGGUUGUUCAAGUAACUGCUGAUCAGAGCUGAUAUCUCCCCAUUGGUUGUUCAAGUAACUGCUGAUCAGAGCUGAUAUCUCCCCUAUGGUGGUCUGUGAUUAUGGUUCUAUACUGUGGCCAUGUUCUCAAAUGGCACCCUAUUCCCUAUAUAUAGUGCACGACUUGUGACCAGGACCCAUAGGGGUAGUGCACUAUAUAGUGAAUAGGGUGCUAUUUUGGAUGCUGCCCAUAGCUGCCUCAUACUGUUGUUUUGGUCUCUCAACUCCUUCACAUACAGGAUUGUAUUCGUUUAGUUAUCCAACGGAAUAAAACAGACAGGAAGGGACGACUUGUUACAUGUCCAUUUUAAGAACUGUUUUUUAUUUUCAGUUGAAAAAUGUUUUGUACAUAAAAGUGAUUUUAGGGCAUUUUUUAAAACACGUCCGCAAUGAUAACCUUUGUCUCUCGGAGGUUUUGUUGAGGAUUUCAACCAUGGUACAAAAAUUCACAAUCCUCUGUGCCCCUUCUGGGGUCAUUACACCUCAAUAAGAACCUCUCCUUCUGUCUCUCCGUAUCUGAUGAGUGUCCCUUUUUCUGAUCAGGAAACGAUCAAUCGUUUUAAGUGAUGUUACCGAAAGAAGUGGUGCUUCGAUGAUUCCAAGUUAGUCGUCAAAAAAACAUUGUCUGAAGUUUCCGUGAUUUAUGUUUUUUGUUAUUAUUAUUUUUUUUCUUCCAGAAAAUCUGUUUCUGAAAUUUUGUAUCCCAGUUUAUAUUCAACUAGAAGAUAUGAUCUGAAAUGUGUGGAAUGUAAAUGUAUACUAUACCCUACGACAAGUUGGCUUUUCUGUUUUUUUUUGUUUUUUAAUUAUUCACUUUUGAUACUGUGAAAAUCUUUCGUUCAGAAAGAUUAAAACAUUACAGUUUUGACAUAA